AUCAGACUUCGCGUUCCCGCCGCCCAUCUCUAUCUCUCUCUCUCCUUUUCUUUAUUGUGCUUAAACGAAGACAGUGAGGAUAUUAAAAAAAAGGCCCUCGACAUCUCUUCUAACAUUCUUUCACAAUCCUUGAGAUUUCUUGUUCAUCCUUUUUCCUCGAUUCUCUGUGAUGGCGAUAUCCAAGAACGGCAACAGCAAGAAGAAAGUAUCCUACAUAUCGGUCCCCUCGCAGAUUAUAAGCUCUUUAUCAUCUUCCUCGUUGCAAUCUCUUCUUGUCUCACCCAAGAAAUCCUCCAGAUGCUCCAGCAAGUUCAGCCUCUCUUUCAGAAACCCCAGGCUCUGGUUCUUGGCUCUGUUUCUCGUCUCCUUCUUCGGCAUGAUGAAGUUCGGUUUCAACGUUGACCCGAUCCCGCUCCCUUUUACGCGGUACCCAUGUUCCACGAAUCAACCACAAAGCUUUGGCAGAGAAGAACCCGUUGAAUCCCAUCUGGGUUUUGCCCGUAAUGCCCAAACGAACGGAACGGAGCCGGAAACUUCUGAUGGGCAUUCGAAAUCGGAUACGAGAUUUCAAUCGGACAGCGGAAAGAACGAAUCUUUGUUGACUGAUUUCUGGAAACAGCCUGAUGGGAUGGGGUAUAAACCCUGCUUGAGAUUUAGCAGACAGUAUAAGAGAGAAAGCUCGACGAUUCUGAAGAACAGAUGGAAGUAUCUGAUUGUCGUGGUGUCUGGUGGGAUGAAUCAGCAGAGAAAUCAGAUUGUUGACGCUGUUGUCAUCGCCAGAAUCCUCGGAGCUUCUCUUGUUGUUCCCAUUCUGCAGGUCAACGUCAUCUGGGGCGACGAAAGUGAAUUCGCUGAUAUAUUCGAUUUGGAACAUUUCAAGAGCGUUCUAGCUGAUGAUGUCCAUAUAGUUUCAUCAUUGCCUUCAACGCACGUGAUGACGAGGCCCGUGGAAGAGAAGAGGACUCCCCUCCACGCUUCCCCUGACUGGAUUCGAUCACAUUACCUCAAAAGGAUUAACCGGGAAAGGGUUUUGCUUCUACGUGGUCUCGAUUCAAGACUCUCCAAGGACCUUCCCUCAGAUCUCCAGAAACUCCGCUGCAAGGUUGCUUUCCAGGCACUGAGAUUUUCGCCUAGGAUUCAAGAACUUGGUGACAGGCUAGCUGCGAGGAUGCGAAGCCAGGGGCCGUACCUAGCAAUUCAUCUUCGAAUGGAGAAGGAUGUUUGGGUUCGGACAGGUUGCCUCCCUGGUCUGACUCCCGAGUACGACGAGAUUGUGAACAGCGAAAGAGAACGCCAUCCCGAGCUUCUAACUGCUCGAUCGAACAUGACUUAUCACGAGAGAAAACUCGCCGGCCUCUGCCCUUUGAAUGCCGUGGAAGUCACCAGGCUGCUUAAAGCGCUGGAUGCUCCGAGAAACACGAGGAUAUACUGGGCGGGAGGAGAGCCUCUGGGCGGAAAGGAGGCUUUAAAGCCAUUGAUCAGUGAAUUCCCUCACUUACACAACAAGCAAGACCUUGCCUUGCUCCAUGAACUGGAACCCUUUGCCAAGAAAGCAUCUGUAAUGGCGGCUAUCGACUAUAUAGUCUGCGAGAAGAGCGACGUGUUCAUGCCUUCUCAUGGAGGAAACAUGGGUCAUGCUCUACAGGGGGAAAGAGCAUACGCUGGGCACAAGAAGUACAUUACGCCGAAGAAGAGGCAGAUGAUUCCGUACUUCAUGAACUCGUCUUUGCCGGAGGCAGAGUUCAACAUGAUCGUGAAGGAGCUUCACCGAGAUUCCUUAGGACAACCUGAGAUCAGAACAAGCAAAGCCGGCAAGGAUGUGACCAAACAUCCGAUCCCCGAGUGCAUGUGCAAUGACUCAGCGGGUCACUCGGACGCAUAAAUCAGAGUGCUCGAGUCCAAGGGCGUUUUGGUCUUUUGACGGUUUCCCCAUCAGGCGGCGAUCGAUGUUCUUUUUGUCCGUACACUCUGAUUAUUCUUUUCCCUGCGUAUAUAUGUACGUAUGAUUUUACGGCGUUGUAUCGUAUCGUAUCGUCGAGGCUUAUAUGUUUUUACUAUAGGUGGGAGUAGAUUUAUAUAGGAUAUGAAACGAUUCUUUGAUUUGAUUUAUUUGUACUGUAAUUAUACAUACGGUGUUGUAUACGAAUAGAGUUGUACAAUAAAAAAAGGCACAUUUUUUCAUAAUUCA